UCUCAUCAACCCACUCACACACACUCACAAUGCGCGGACUCACCACUGCUGUCGACGCCGUGCGCGCCUCGGCGUCGCGCCGCACCCUCUCCUCCGUUGUGGCUUCCAGCUCGCGCGGCCUCGCGACCACCACCAACCCCCCCGAGCAGCCCCGCAAGCGCUUCGCCAAGCUCGAUGACGGACUGACGUUUGACGACUUUGUGUCUGGCGAGCCGCUGCCCUCGGCCGAGCGCGUCGUGCUCGGCAACACGUCUCAGCCCCGUCUUCCCUCCUUCCUCAAGCACCCAAUCCCCAAGGGCAAGUCGUAUACCGAGAUCAAGAAGGACCUUCGCGGCCUCAAGCUCCACACUGUCUGUGAGGAGGCCAAGUGCCCCAACAUUGGCGAGUGCUGGGGUGGUGACAAGGGCGAGGCGACCGCGACGAUUAUGCUCAUGGGCGACACCUGCACUCGUGGCUGCCGCUUCUGCUCGAUCAAGACGUCCAAAGCGCCUCCUCCCCUCGACGUUCACGAGCCCGAGAACACUGCCGAGGCCAUCUCGCGCUGGGGACUGGGCUACAUUGUGUUGACCAGCGUGGACCGUGACGACCUGGUUGACGGUGGUGCCAAGCACAUUGCCGAGACCAUCUCCAAGAUCAAGCAGAAGGCGCCCAAGAUCCUCGUCGAGGCGCUCACCCCCGACUUUGCGAACAAGGACAAGAAGUACAUUGGCCUUGUUGCCAGCUCCGGCCUCGACGUUUUUGCGCACAACGUCGAGACGGUCGAGCGCUGCACUCCAUUCGUGCGUGACCGCCGCGCCAACUUUGAGCAGUCGCUCGAGGUGUUGCGGUACGCCAAGGAGUCGGCUGCCGCCAACGGCAAGGAGAUCCUCACCAAGACGUCGAUCAUGCUCGGUGUCGGAGAGCAGGAGGAGGAGCUUCACGACGCUUUGCGGCGCCUGCGCGCGGUCAACGUCGACGUUGUCACUUUCGGCCAGUACAUGCGCCCCACAAAGCGCCACAUGAAGGUCGACCGCUACGUCGAGCCGGUUGAGUUCGCCAAGUGGAAGGAGGUUGCCGAGGGCAUGGGCUUCCUGUACGUCGCCUCGGGCCCGCUCGUCCGUUCGAGCUACAAGGCCGGCGAGUUCUUCAUCAAGAACGUCUUGAACAAGCGCCGUGCCGAGGCGGCCAAGAAGGCCGCGGCCGAGCUGUCGUCGUUCGAGGCUGCACCAGCAGAGAAGAGCGCAUAGAGAGGGUGAUACAUCUGUACUAGUGGGUCGUGCAUGCUACUGUUUCUCUAUCAA